AUGGGAGACACCUCGUCACCACCUGCUCCAAGACAAUAUCAGAAUUUCCGCUCUCAGAUCUCGACCAACUGGCGUAUCAAAGACGACUCGCCGCGUCUCGAGCAACCCCAGUCUCGGUCUCGGUAUAGCAGAUCCAACGGCCAUCAGCACUCGAAUUCUCAGUCAAUUCCACAUUCAGCGUCAGAUGAUGCUCCAGGCACCAGACUCUACGUCGGGAAUCUCCCGUACACUGCACAGAAAGCGGACAUUGAAUCGCUAUUCACGGGGCAUGGAUUCAAAGUGGUGGGCGUGAGUAUCUCCACCGACCCUUUCACGGGAAGGAAUCCGAGUUACUGCUUUGUCAAUGUGGAGACGGCGGAGGAGGCAGAGAGGGCUAUGACCGAGCUGAACGGUGUGGAAGUACUGGGGAGAGCGGUGAGGGUGAGCCCAGGCGUUGCAAAGCGUGAGCAGGGCCAGGGUCAAGGACCGGGACAGAAUGGGAGCGGUGGGAGAGAAGCCAGAGUUAGGAACGUUGAGCGGGGCUGGGGACGAGAAACGAGGCAAGAAAGAAACUCGGAAUACAAGCCCACAUUCGACCGCUGGAGCCGCACUGAUGCGCCCUCGCAUUGGCUAACUCCCCAGAGCGAAGGUCGGCGUCUGUACAUUGGCAAUCUGCCGCGAAUGGAGCCGCAAUCCGCCGUCGACGAAGAAAUCCAAUCGCUUUUCUCGACAUAUCUGUCCGAGUUUGGCAUCGCUCCAAUGGCCGUGUCCAAGCUCAUUUCCCCACGCCCCAGCAAGGCUGGCGAGCCGGGCAACCACCACUACUGCUUCGUUGACCUGGAGCGGGCCGAGGACGUGGACAUCGUGAUUGAGAAGCUAGAUGGGAAGGAAGGCCGUUGGGACGGGACGUUGAGGGUGAAUCGUGCAAAGGAGCACCGAGAGCGUGGCGCCCAAGACAGAAAGGUUAUUAGGGAGCAGGGUCUGAAUAUGGAGGACAGAAGAGGCAGUGGAAGUGGUGGCUAG